GGCCCUUCAGAUAUGCGCCACUUCGACGAAUACUACAUGGGUGGCCACCGCGCCACGGUGUUGGUUGGGGACCCACCUCGCACGGCAGCUGGCAAGAGCGCACGUAGCGGAAAGCACAAGACGUCUGCUCAAGAUAUCGAGCUCGCGCGGCAGACGAAGCUCUGCUCCCAUUACUGCAGGAACCAGGCGUGCCCUGAAGGAGAAGAGAAUUGCGAUUACAUCCACGACAAGGACAUCUACGCCGCUCAAAUGAGCGACCCCGCAAGUGGGCUGCAAAGGCACAGGGCUCCUCGCGCGCAUUGCUGGGCCUAUAUUCAAGGAAGCUGUCCCCGUCGCGGCACUUGCCGCUACUACCACCCCCAGAAGCGCGAACUCUAUUGCAAGUACACCCCGUGCGCCAAUUGGCGCGAGUGCACCCUGAGGGACUGCACCUUCCGCCAUCCCGCAGUUGUCGACCAGGGUGUGCCCAGCCCCGUGACGACUGCAAAGCGCGUCAGCAUUGACGCUGGAGUAAAGCAGGACACGUUGCUUAACCUUGCACAAGCUCACGCCUUAGCGCUUGAGGCCUACGAAGAUACCUUCAUUCGGCUGACGGCACCCAGCCCGCCGAAGUCGGCACCGGCUACCCAAACACAUUAUUCUCGGUGGGGAUCUAUAUCCCAUGCAGCCGUGGGCAACGAUUUCGAGGCGAUGGAGUCCAUCCAAGCGACGCCACACCACGGGAGGACUCGUCGUGCUUCUGCCGCGGUGCCCCCUGUGCCCCGGAACCAGCAGCGAUAUACCGUUGAAGUGAAAGGGAAGGCGGACUCUUCGAUGAACUGGAGGGAUUCUCGCCGCAGCUCGGUAUACUAG